AUGUUUUUGAGUGGGGCAUUAGAACCCCAGAAUAUUCUAAACGAGUUGGGACCCAAAAUCUCAGCUCGUACUGCAGAGCUUUGUGCAAAGCAGAUCCCCGAGUUCACUAACAAUGAGAAAGGGGAAUUGAUUAUUUCUGGAUGGACUACCAAUCCAGCCGCUAUCAAUUUAGGUCGACAAGUGCUUGAAGAUUGUGUAGUCUAUGCUAUGCGAGUCAUCUCUAUCAUCGAUGCUAUCGAAUUCGCAGAGCAGAAUAAGCGCAAGGGCAAGAAGAACAUUCAGGAGGCUGCAGACAUUGAGAUGGCUGAUCUAGCUGGAGGUAACUCUAGUAAGAUGCAGUCUAUCAUAGACAAAGCAGUUGCUCGCGCUAUAAAAGGAAAGGACAAAGUGACCAAUAAAGUAAGUACAUUCGCAUUUGGAGAUGUGCUGGCUUUUUCCUAUGGAAAGGCUAGCUCUUCUCAAAGUGUUGAUUGUAAACUUACAUUUUCUUUAGAAGCAGAACAAGAAGAAAACAUCCUCUUCCUCCAAAAAGGUGAAGGUUCCUACGGCGAAACAGUAUAUUCCGCCACCCAUGGCAGGCAAGAAGGUCAAAGCCACCAAUGGGGGAAAGCUUCCCAAGUCGUCCAAGAAGGCGCAAGGCAAAGGCAAGGGCAAGGGCAAGAAAAAGUCCUCCAAUUAACUGGAUACAGGUAUGGAGAACCCCAAACUCUUCCAGAUUGGUUACUAACCGUUCCAUUCACCCAGGCAGUAGAAUUAGUGAUUUUAAAUACACCUGUAGAUAUUAUUAAUGCUGCCCAAUUUAAAAAUUAUGUUCAUUCAUCUCCUGGUGUGAAUUUGCCUGAUAAAAUUGCAUUUCAACUAAGCGUAGGGUUAAGAUAUAUGUACCACCAACCCUUAAAUAAGAAACUUAUUCUUGAGUCUUGGCAUGAUUUUCAGAGAAGACUUAGAUGGAGAAUAUUCCAUUCGUUUGGUAAAAAUGACAACAGUAAUUAUGAUCCUGAUUAUGAUUUGAGGGCCCCCUCUGAAAAUACCCCUCCAUAUUUACCGCAAUAUCUUGAACUUGGACUUGUCAAGGGCCGGAUUUUUGUGAAUAAUACAAUAUCCAAAAUACCUGAUGAGACGCCGAAGGAUUACUAUAAACCUCUCACCCCUUCGGCUAAACAAAUCAAAGAGUUUUUAAUAAGCAAUAAUUAUAUUGUUACAAUGACAGAUAAAAACCUGGGCUUAGCGGUGUCUGAGAGGACCUGGAUUAUAACGAAAUGUCUAGAUAUUCUUAAUAAUAAAAAGGACUAUACUCCUUUAUCAAGUAUAGAUAAACAAAGAAUUCUAGAUAAGAAAUGUUCUGAUAUGAAAUAUAUAUCAGCGUUAGCACAAGAAAUUCAUGAAUUAAAGUGGAGUGCAAUCCCAAAAGACUUACCUAAUUUUCUCGGUAGUAAAGUUACGGAGGUAGGUGGGAAGCAUGUCGUACCCACUUUUUAUGGUAUCCCUAAAAUCCAUAAACAGCCUGUAAAAAUGAGGCCAAUUAUUCCAUGUCAUUCUGCAAUAAUGAAUCCUGCUGCUAAAUACGUUUCUAAACAACUUAAACCCCUGAUUGAAGGGUCGCCAACUAUUAUUCAUGGUUCCAAAGACCUGGCGAUUAAGUUGUCUAAACUCAGUCUUACACCAGGCAGGCACUGGUAUAUUGUCACAGGAGAUGUAGUUGCGUUCUACCCCAAUAUUCCACUGAAUAAGUGUUUAGAUAUUGUAUAUAACAUGUGGUACUAUCAUGUUUAUGACGACUAUGGACCCGACUAUGACUCUCCUAUUAAUAGAAAAAUUCAAGACCUCUUUAAACGAUGUCUUUAUGUUGGAUACUGA